CCUAUAUACCUUUUUGUUUUGACACUGCCUUUUAUAGAUAGGAAUUCAUGGUUUUCCUUCAUUCCUAAGAAAAAAAAAAAAAACUAAGCAUGGCCAUUAGAUUGACGAAAUAAACGAUUACACAUCUUUAAUUAAACACCAUUAUUUCGUUUCUUUUCACUCAUUUUUCUCCAAUCUCUCUCUUUCUCUCUUCUUAAGUUUCUUUCUUUUUUCUUUUCCCACUUUCUAUCUCUCAACUUUUCCAGGAAAAAAAAAAGAAAAAAGAAAAAGAAAGUGAAAUGAAAUGAAAUGCACACGAAAUUGAGUACAUUGGAAUUGAGAAGAUUAUGAAUUCAUCAACAACAGUACAAGAGUAAAAAUUUUAUUAUAAAAUGAAUCAUCACUAGAGAGAGAUUAUUUUUUAUUCUCAGCUACAUUUCUUAUAAAUCAUUAUAUUUUUCCUUCCAUAUUAUGACAACAAUAAGAUGAUGGGCUUGUUAAAAGGCUUAAGAGAUAGAUCUCUCCAAUAUUUGGGUGGAGUUGGUCAGGCUUUCUGGAGUUUCUAAUGUAUUUGUGAUUUGGGGAUUAGAGGAUGACUACCCGGAUCCAGGAAGCUCCUCAGGGAGAUUAUUGUGUUUCUCUUGGUGGUGGUGGUGGUGGUGGUGCUACUGCUACUGCUCCAGCUCCUCCUCCUCUGCCCAGUCCAGCUGAGCAAUUGCGUACUCGUGUUUGCAAUACGGUUUUCAAGAGUGGGCCACUGUUCAUAUCAUCGAAAGGAAUUGGAUGGACAUCCUGGAAGAAGAGGUGGUUUAUCUUAACUCGUACUUCGUUGGUCUUUUUCAGAAGUGACCCGAGUGCUGUUCCUCAAAAGGGAAGUGAAGUGAAUUUGACCCUUGGUGGUAUUGACCUCAACAAUUCAGGCAGUGUUGUUGUUAAAGCAGACAAAAAACUCUUGACUGUGCUCUUUCCUGAUGGUCGUGAGGGACGUGCUUUCACACUUAAGGCUGAAACUUUAGAGGAUCUCAAUGAGUGGAAGACGGCACUGGAGAGUGCUUUGGCUCAAGCCCCAGCUUCUGCUGCUCAUGCAACGGGGCAAAAUGGUAUCUUGAGGAACGAUCAGAUUGAUUCAGUUGAUGGUUCCUUGGACCAGUCAACUGAUCGACAAUCAGUGAAAUCUUCAGUCAUUGGGAGGCCAAUUUUGCUUGCUUUAGAAGAUGUUGAUGGAACACCAUCUUUUUUGGAGAAAGCUCUUCAGUUUAUAGAAGAGCAUGGAGUUAAAGUAGAAGGGAUCUUGCGGCAAGCUGCAGAUGUUGAUGAUGUUGAACAUCGAGUACGGGAGUAUGAGCAAGGAAAAAAUGAGUUUUCUCCAAUAGAGGAUGCACACAUUGUUGCAGAUUGUAUUAAGCAUGUCCUCCGAGAGUUGCCGUCUUCUCCAGUCCCAGCAUCUUGCUGCAAUGCUCUCCUUCUAGCAUGUCGUACUGACCGUAGUCUUAGAGUCAAUGCCAUGCGUGCAGCAAUAUCUGAUGCAUUCCCAGAGCCGAACCGUCGCUUGUUACAAAGAAUACUUAUAAUGAUGCGGAAUGUGGCUUCUCACAAGGCUGUAAAUCGAAUGAGCUGCUCAGCCGUGGCAGCUUGCAUGGCACCCUUGCUUCUACGCCCCCUUCUAGCUGGUGAUUGUGAGAUAGAAAAUGAUUUUGAUGUGGGCGGGGAUGGGUCUGUUCAACUUUUGCAAGCAGCUGCUGCAGCCAAUCAUGCACAAGCUAUUGUUAUAACUUUGUUGGACGAGUAUGAUAAAAUAUUUGGGGAAGAUUCUAUGACACCUGAACCGAAUACUGAAUCAGAAGAGAGUGGAAGCGAGUCCGGGGAGGCGACUGACGAUGACGAGUCUUAUGAAGAUGAUGAUGCAACACAGGAAUCUGAUGCAGAGACUGAUGAUGAUCCUGAAAAUGCUUCAAGUGAAAUGUGCAGUGAGAGUGGUGAUUCUGGAGACAUUGUUAUACAUAAUAAUAAGGAAUGUCCUGACUAUAACUCCGGUCCAGACUCCCCUGAAGUAGGUGAUGACAACCAAUCUAAACAAAACGUGGGGACAAGUUUUCAUGAAUCGUUCUCAUCUCAGUCUGAUGUUCAAUGCAACACUAAUAAUAUUCCUGAAAAUAGUGACAGUUCAGUGGUGCUGGCUAAUGAUUCUGCCGAAGUUAUAAGUGAUAUCCCUUCAAGGAUGAGUUUCACUCAAACUUCAAUUGCUACCUCAUGGACUCAGACAUCCACAACAAUACCCAGUGUACCAGAGUGUGGUGCACGGAAUAGAACUUAUUGGGGGCGUACCUCUGGAAGAAAGAAUCUUUCCAUGGAAUCCAUUAAUUACGGUACUGAAGAUGAGGUUGAGAUCCAGAGACUUGAGGAAACUAAAUCUGAGUUAGAACAAAGAAUUACAGAAGAGGUUAAUCAGAAUGCAGUUCUAAAAAUAAAUCUGGAAAGAAGGAAGACCAAUUUGACUCAACGUCGUCUAGCUCUUGAGCAAGAUGUAGCAAGAUUACAAGAACAGUUACAAAAGGAGAGAGAUCUAAGGCUGGCUCUUGAAGCAGGACUUAAAAUGUCUCAUGGGCCAUUGCCUUAUCUAACCGCUAUUGAUGAAAAGACAAAAGCAGAGCUUGAAGAAAUAGCUACAACAGAGGCAGACAUUGUCAAUUUGACGCAGAAACUUGAUGAUCUUGGAAUGCAUCUUAAUCAACAACGUGAACUACGCCAAGGAUCUAUCCCAAGCAUUUGCAAUUUGACAGAAAAAAAUCAAGACUUUCAAACCAAAUUGAAGGAGAGACAAAAAGAUACUGAAGUCGUAGCCCCAUCAAAUUUUGAAAGGUCAAGAAAUAAGGAUGCUCAGUUAGGUGCCACAGAAAAUGAGAACGAGAGGACGCAUGAUUCUGCAUCCUUAACAAAUAAACAUGCACAAAAAUGCCAACACCAGCAAGAAAUAUCUAGUACAAACUAUCGAUCUGUUGGGGUGUUAGCGGAUCCAUCUCCUGCAGAGCCAGUGGCAGCCAGACGUUUUGGGCUACCUAAUUCAAAGAGGAUUGGUACAAAGGGUGAGGGAGCGAAUUCGACGACUUCUGCACUAACAAAGUUGACCACCCGACUAAACUUUUUGAAGGAACGGCGGAGCCAAAUUGCUACAGAACUCCAAAAUAUGGACAAAGGCCGAGUUUCAUCACAGACUGUCCAAAAUCCAGAGAAGGGUAGAGAAUUGCCCCACAACUACCCAGAGAAAGGUCAAGGAUCUGAUGUCCAAGCCAACCCAAACCCUGAAAAAGGUAUACACUUAGACAAACCCGAGUUGUUUCAGAACCAGGUGACCGAAGGUCAAUCAUUUGAAAGUCCAGAGAAGAUAAAAAAGGUAGAGAGUCAUGCCCCCAACUACACAGACAAAGAAAAACGAUCAGAUGGACAUAUUAAAAAUAUCCUGGACAGAGGAAAACCAGAGAACCACACGUCUCUUAACCUAGAUAAAGGCCAACAACAAUCAUUCAUCACUUCAAGAACAAACACCAGAUAAUAAGAGGUGUUGAAUAAUUUCUCAUUGGUGUUGUGUUUCUGAACAUGUUAUUGAUAUGUAGUGUGAGUGUGAAGUUGAUGUAUGCUACAAAGGCUGAUUUUUCAUGAAGCAUUUUUAUUAAAGAUUAAAAAAGAAAGAAAGAAAGAAAAUAAAAAAAGUAGAAGGUGUUUGUAAUUCUUAGAAUCUUUAUUGCUCAGUUGUACAAAAUCAUCUCCUUCCCUUGAGUGUUAACCGAAAUAAAUUUAGUCACCUUAACUACUA